CACCGCUGUGUAGAUGAAAGUGUGAGGUGACCUUCUUAAGCCACAAGGAACAAAGCAGAAGGCUCCUCCGCACCCAAGCUUCGGCACCAAUACUCCGCACUCUCCCCUUGCCGCCGGGAUGGACGUGCAGAUGGGCGAGCCGCAGGCGGCCCCUCCUUCCGCCGCCGUAGAGGCGGCGCCGGCCCCCUCCACCCUCCACCAUCUGAAGGAGAUCGCCGCGGUGAUCGAGGCGGGGUCGCUCUCCAAGGAGGUCCGCCGGAUCUCCCGCGCCGUCCGCCUCACCGUCGCCCUGCGCCGCCGCCUCGCCGCCCGCGACGUCUCGGCCUUCCUCGCCUUCGCCCUCCCGGUCUCCAGCGACGCAUACGCCCGCCUCACUCCCCUCCUCCCCAAGGAAGAUGAAGCUGAGAUGGAUAUUGAUGCAGCAGCUCCAGCAACUCAGAUUUCUAUCAAGCAUGGCCUUCCUGAGAUUGAAAUAUAUUGUUCUUUGCUUGUUCUGAUUUUCCUCAUUGAUCAGAAGAAAUACGACGAGGCUAAAGCAUGCGCAACUGGAAGCAUUGCUCGUCUGAAGAACUUGAACAGGAGAACUGUUGAUGUUUUGGCUUCUAGACUAUACUUUUAUUAUUCAUAUGUGUAUGAACUUACAAACACCCUUGCUGAAAUUCGUGGUAAUCUCCUUGGGUUACAUAGAAUGGCAACUUUACAUCACGAUGAGCUUGGUCAGGAAACCCUGCUCAACCUGCUUCUCCGCAAUUACCUCCACUAUAACUUGUAUGACCAGGCAGAGAAACUUAGGUCGAAGGCACCACGUUUUGAAGCCCAUUCCAACCAGCAAUUCUGCCGGUACCUCUUCUACUUGGGGAAAAUCAGAACAAUUCAGUUGGAGUACACUGAUGCUAAAGAAAGCCUCCUGCAAGCUGCUAGGAAGGCACCGGCUGCAGCUCGUGGUUUUAGGAUUCAGUGCAAUAAAUGGGCUAUCAUAGUAAGGCUGCUUCUUGGGGAGAUCCCAGAGAGGACUGUUUUCAUGCAGAAAGGAAUGAAGGAAGCUUUGGCACCAUAUUUUGAGCUUACAAAUGCCGUCAGGAUUGGCGAUUUGGAACUGUUUAGAGCUGUUGCAGACAAAUUUGCAAGCACAUUCAGUGCAGACAGGACUCACAAUUUGAUUGUGAGGCUCCGCCACAAUGUCAUUCGAACUGGACUACGCAACAUCAGCAUUUCAUACUCGCGGAUCUCCCUUGCUGAUAUUGCGAAGAAGCUAAGGCUAGACACUGAGAAUCCUGUUGCUGAUGCGGAGUGCAUCGUAACCAAGGCCAUAAGAGAUGGUGCAAUUGAUGCCACCAUAGACCAUGCAAAUGGCUGGAUGGUGUCGAAAGAAACUGGCGAUGUCUACUCGACAAAUGAACCCCAGGCUGCAUUCAACUCCAGAAUCGCUUUCUGCCUCAACAUGCAUAAUGAAGCGGUCAAGGCCAUGAGGUUCCCCCCGAAUUCUCAUAAGGAAAAGGAGAGCGCUGAGAAGCGCCGAGAAAGGCUCCAGCAGGAGGAAGAGCUGGCAAAGCACAUGGCCGAGGAGGAUGACGAUGAUUUUUAAGUUGGUCUGUUUUUUUUUGAAUUGUUGAUUUUAGAUCCCUGAAAUCACUGAAUUCUCCCCUUGAGGGAGAUUUGAAUCAUGUAAAACUUUUUACAUCUUCUGUAGUUCUAUGUUGAUCAGCACUUCAUUGGACCGUAAAUGUGUUUUGAGUUUAUCUUUUCUCUUCCUUGUCGAAACUGGGUUUGAGGAUCUCUGUACCAUUUGAAAUCCACCUUGUCCAUUCAAGACUUUUGGUAUGUCUGUGCUUCCUGACA